AUGAUCGCUAUCCUCAUUUUGGUCUUUCCACUAGUUUUGGGUCAGACUACUUGUGAUCUUUGCCCAACAACAAAACCGAUUGUUCAAACAGGAGGCCCGCAAAUGACCGCUUUUACAAGAAAUGCCGUAAUUGGAAAAAACAAGAACGGAUGUUUGGUAAAGAACCUGACUUGUACCUCGAACACAGCCGGAUUUAUGCCUGUAAUUUCGUUUAACGAUGACAAAAAUGGUGUGUGGGAAUCCAAAACGCAAACAGGAUCGAUUCAAUUGGUGUGCAAUGCGAACAAAUAUUGGACUUUCACUCUAAAUGGAGUCACAAUUCAGAUCGAUCAAGUGGCUUGUCUUGGAGAUUUCAAAAAUGUUGCA